AUGGCAGAUUUAGAAAACAUCAUUUCAGAUAAAGAGUUUUCUGCUACCCUAAAAAAGAAGGUAAAAUUAGAUCUAUUUUGGGUCCUUCUUGUUGAUGAUUACUUGACUAUUCGUACACAUGUUUUAGGUCAAAGUACGUAUAAUCUAUUCUCUGCAAAGCUUGCUAGUAUCACUGUAUUUAUGAAAAAUUCAGGUUACAUCUUAAUAGUCAAAGGAAUAUUAUAG